UACGAUUUAGACAUAAAGAGAAGUGUGACAAAAUGGAGGAUAUGAGAACUCUAAUUUUUCCCACCUUUCAUCCCAAUUUGGAAAGUGGUCAUGGUCGGAACUUUUGGGAGACGGGGGAUUUUGGUUUUCUUGGUGUACCUGUCGAUGUUACUUUGGUUCUAAAUAAUGCCGAAAAGAUCCUAGUGCCUAUGAAGGACAUCGAAUACAAUCACUGGAUACUGGCUGUAUUGGACAUUAAGAGUUCCUCUGCAUCGUAUUGGGACUCCAUGUCCACUGCACGUGCAAAAAGGCACAGGAUACAUAUGCUUAGCACACUGGUAUGCGUGUCUUGUCAAUUUAAUAUUAUUGAUGUUAAAUAAUGGAUAAAGUAUAUGUACUAUUUAAUUCUUAUUACAGU